CUUUGUUUCUGGUGUUUGAACAGAAGGAACUCAGCCAACCCUCCCCUCACUUCCGCAGGAAAGAGCGGCGUUUCCUGGGGAGGAAAUGGGAGCUGAGGGCAGGGAUCGAGCCAUCUCCCAGUCGAGGGACUGACUUGGAGCUCAGGGCUGCUCCGAAACCGAACCAAGUCGUCGGCGGACACCGGUUAACGCUGAGACUGAAAGACGUUGAUCGGAGGCACCGGGGUCCUGCUCUCUGAUGCAGUAUGGAAUCACUGCUCCUCUUGGUCAGCUCAGCCCUGAUCCACGCCUCUCACACCCAGCAACUGCAGCCCAAUGGUACCAAUGUCUGCCGCUCGCCAAGCGAUCCUCCCACACUCAUCUGCUGUCCGGGGUGGAAACCGAGAGGACACGACUGCACCAUCGCUGUCUGUGAGGAGCCAAACACCUGCCGUCUCGAGGAGAUCUGCAUCCGGCCCGGAGUUUGCCGCUGCCCACACGGGUACUAUGGAGCCCAGUGCAUCACCAGAUGCCCCGACCAGUUCUGGGGGCCAGACUGCAGGGAACUGUGCCCUUGUUAUCCCAACGGCAAGUGCCACGGUGUGACUGGCGCCUGUACCUGUCGCCGAGGACACUGGGGAGUCAACUGUGCCAGGACUUGCCGAUGCCAGCGAGGAAAGUGCAACCCUGUCACGGGGCAGUGCGAGUGCCAGGCCGGCUGGUGGGGCUCUGACUGCAGCCAGGCCUGCGGCUGUCACAACGCCGGGCCCCAGUGUGACCAGGCCAGCGGGAGGUGCACCUGUUUGCCGGGGUUCUUGGGCAAGAAGUGCCUUUACCGCUGCUCCUGUAACCAUUCCCCGUGCCACCAGGUCACGGCCGUGUGCGACUGCAAUGCGGGCUGGUGGGGCCAGGGGUGUGACAAGCGGUGCAUGUGCGAGCACGGGACCUGCAUCCUGGCCAACGGGAUUUGUGUGUGUGACCUUGGCUUCCAGGGGAAAGAGUGCAGUGAGCCCUGCCAGGCUGGAUACUAUGGAGAAGGCUGCCAGCACAGAUGUGGCCGCUGUAAGGAUGGUCCCUGCUCCUCCACCGACGGCUCCUGUGCGGCCUGUGUCCCGGGCUGGAAUGGCACUCGCUGCAACCAGUCCUGCGCCCCGGGAUUCCACGGGGAAAACUGCCGGGAAAGCUGCCCCCUGUGCAGAGCCGGGGAGGUCUGCGAUGUGGAGACGGGGGUCUGCGGUUCCUGCGAUCCAGGCUGGAAUGGCUCCAGGUGUGAUUCUCACUGUCCAGCUGGAACCUUUGGGGAUGGCUGCCGAUUCACCUGUCCUGACUGCUCCCAUGGUAACUGCCACCAUAUCACAGGAGAAUGCCUAUGUGAUCCAGGCUAUACUGGAGACAGCUGUAACCAUACGUGCCCUGAAGGAUAUCACGGGGCGAACUGUUCUACGACCUGUCACUGUUUGGGGACUUCCUGCGAUCACGUGUCUGGCUUGUGUGAGUUCAGUAGAAAGGGCGCUGUGAUUGCUGGUGUCCUGGUCACCCUCGUGGUCCUGUUAGUCUGUAUCCUGUGCUGCUGUUGUUGUGGAGCCGAUGAGAACGACCCCAAGAACAGGGCGGUAGACGAAGGCAGGGGUCCGAUGGCGAGGAUGAAGCAUCAUGUCCAAGGGGUCCUGGCAAACCUCAGCUCCACCAGCUUCUCCUUCGGCAAUCAGAAGUUGCCUAAGAUCACCGUUUCGCACCACGAUGCCGAUGUCACCUUUAACUGCAGCUUCAUUGACUCGCCGUCCGCUGGCUGGGACUCAGCCUCGUUCUCCUCUUUCGAGGCAGACGAAGAAGGUCCAGUGUAUUGUGUUCCUCCUCGGGAAGGAAAUGGUUUCAUCGCGGUGGGAGAGGGGUUUCAGGAGAUGAGCUCCAGGUGUAACUAUCUCCCAGCAGAGAAUUCCGAGUUUAACAGUGUCGAGGGCCUGGAGUCCUUCUCCAUACCGAGAACCUCCAGCAUCGUCAAGGCCAAGCGUCCCUCAGUCUCAUUCGCGGAAGGGACCAAGUUUGGCCCAGAGGAACGGAGAGGCUCAAUGCCCGAGAGCAAGGUGGAGCCCAGUAACAACAGCCAGAGGAAGCGAAAACUCUCCUGGACCCUGAGUAAACUACCCCCCAUCCAGUCCGCCUCCGCACCCAGCGAUCUCCAUCUGCCAGUUUGUGAGCCCUAUGAGUACACUGAGCUCCCCAUAAGUUGCCAGGAGUCGGAAACAGAGAGCAGGUCCUCCCCACCAGCCGGGGCAGGGGACCACAGGCGGACUUUGUCCAACGCCAAGAGAGGUCCUCAGGAUGUGGUGGAAUGUGCCGAAAUCAGCUCUGUUUCUGGCGAUACCGAACCAGGUGCCAAUGAGCAAAAAGUGACUACAGUUUAUGUCAUGGUGAGCAGGCCUCAGAGAGCCUCCAAGAUUGGGGGCAUUCAGGCAGAAGGAAGUGGGAAAGUUCAAGCAAUGCUCAAAAGGUUUGGUAGUUUCCAGAGACAGAGGUCGAGCCCCAGAGAGGGGCGAAGACCCAUCGCAAGGGGAGAAGGUGUCUCCAAGGCACGUCAAAAGUUUAUCGCUUUGGACAAGAACAACAGGCACCAGGUGUCAGAGCCUGUGGGGAGCUCAGUAGUGGAACUGAAGACGGCCAAGGGAGCUUCACUCCCCAGAUAUUCCCGCACGCCCACCAUUGGCCAGCCUCAGGCAACGGGGUCUCCCAGCUCGACCAUGACCAAGAAGGCCCUCAUCCCCACCACCUCCAUCCUUAGGAAACUGGUAGCAAACGUGGAGGGCACUGAGGAGAGGCUGGAGAUGAUACACGGUUCCAUUCACAGAGACACCCACAGUGACCAGGACAGCAGAGACCGUGAGCGAGGCCACCAGCAGGAGAAACUCGCUGGCCAAGCAGGAAGUGAAAACUGACUGUGAGACUGUCCAUGACAGAACGCAGGGCACUGCAGCGUUACAAUGUGAGCACUGCUCUCGACAGACACGUAGUCAAGGCACGGAUCCUGCUCAGCUCAGCCAAGUUUCCUUCCCCGCCCCUCCCUCCCUCCCUCC